GCAAAACCGGUCGCGCAACAAUUCGACAUUCUUUAUCGUGCUGCUGGUGAUAUUCACUUCGUCUUCCUACGUUUUUGCGACGUCCUUUUCAUUUUUUUCUCGCGUGCGUUAGCUGUUACCGCCGCUAGUGUACCUUACGUUUGCACACUGCCUCGAUGCAUGCAUGGAAGCUAAAGCUAACGAGCGGGAUGCGCGGAGCUUGAACGGCUUGACAUCAGCGUCUUCGCGCUCUCAAACUCUGUACAAUGUGCCUGAUGCCGCUCUUGCUGGCGCCCUCACAGCGUUCUCUUCAGUACCUUGCACGACACAGAGGCAUGGAAGAGUGACGAGAUUGCAGAAUGGGGCACUUUCGUCAGCAACGUCAGCCCACAACAACAGCAACUCCCGUAACAAGAACGGCAGUCGUCCCGACUCAGAUCAUCUUGCACCCGUGCCUCCGCCAUUCCAUGCCCGAUCUUAUACUAGACCUACCAUCAGCACGCAUCCUGAGGUGGACGGAAAGAGCGAAAGAAAGAACAGGCUGAAUUCAACACCGGCGUCGAGCCCUGUCGUCCCGAGACUGAAUCCAGCAGAUCAGCCUUCCAGGCUGACAAUGCAAAGACCCGAGUCUCUUAGAGCUGCUACGCUUGCCACGACUACGUCUCGUAGCACGAAUCCCAGACGCUCUCCCCCACUGACAGCAUCAUCGAACCAGCCAACACUAGAUGCUCGCGCUUUGGCGCUGCAACGCAGACUAAACGAACGAAUGGUUGCAAGAGAAUUGGAUAACAGAAUGGACGACCAAGAUGACCAACGGACCGAUUCUACAUCUAUCGAGCCCACCAAAUCGCUGGUGAGGAUGUUCGAGCAGCGGUCUGGUGGAUCAUCAGACGUUCCCCCCUCUAUAAAACGUCAACCGUCGUUAGCAAAGGGAAUCCCACCGCCUAUCGUUGCUCCUAAACCCCAGCGAGCUCUUUCAGUACAGUCGGUCUCACCUGAGCUGCAACGGCCAGAUAUACCGACCAAGCCAAAGCCCAUAAUCAAGGCUGACAAGAGUGAGACGAAGAAGUUGGCCGAUUCCGACCAAGCCUUAGGAGACCAAAUCAAUGAAAAACCUCAAACGAAGCCCACUGUUCCUCCCCCGCGCCGAACAGCGGGAGGAAGCAAGCCAACAUCCACUACAAAUACAGCGUCAGCAGGUAGUCCGCCGUCACUUUCACGUUUCGGCCUCCUCGCACCGACGUCCACUGUUCGCGGCACGAGUUCCUCGCCAUCCUCAAGAGUUCUGCCAUCAAACCCGCAGCGCGCGUCGCCAGCACCGUACAAAGACACGUCGCUCCACAUGCUUACGCCUCACAUGACGGGCGACUCUCUGGCCAACGCCAUGGUUGGGGCAAACCUCGCCAUCAGAAGUGCGUCUCCUAAACGAUCGCGAACGCCACCCCCGAUUCCUCCGUCCCGCCGAAAAAUCCACGCCCAUGACGUUGUGUUCGGACACAGUAGAGCAAGGAGCUUAAGCCCGCAGAAGAGGCAGCCAGGGCGACUGCUGACCACGCUCCGGACUGGCGACGUGGAGGAGAAGGAGAAGAAUCGAAAACACCAUUUCCGGCAGCCGAACAAGCACCACGAGGGCACGCGUGAGCGGUGGCGCGACUACGUUUCCGACUCGGAGCGGAAGCGAUACGAAGGCGUGUGGGCCGCCAACAAAGGUCUGUUCAUAUCUUCUCCCGACCAGGCUGACGAGGUCUUGAACCUCGUUGCACGGGACAUAUGGUCACGCUCGCGACUGCCUCCCGAGCGACUAGCCAAGGUCUGGGACCUCGUCGCGGUGAAUGGGAGCGGCAACGGUUCAACAGUGACCGGGAGAAGGACGUUGUCGCGCGAGCAGUUUGUCGUGGGCAUGUGGCUGAUCGACCAGAUGCUCAAAGGACGAAACUUGCCGCAUAGCGUAAACCCAAGUGUGUGGACCAGCGUGAGGCUCAUGGGCGUGAAAGUCAGGCUGGAGGGCAAGGGAAAGGACGGCCGAAAGUUGGAGAGAGGAACGGUGUGGUAACAUUGAGCUCACUCCGCCUCUUGACGUUAGACCACGACCGCAAUGAUACCCAGCGAGGUUUUUUUUUUCCCCCAUGAGCAAGCAAGUUUGGCUCUGGCGUAACGUUUUAUAAAUCGGCUUCACAGCCUUACGUCUAGAGAUGUUUUCAUCCAUCAAGCAUCUACCAGCUAUGACGACAUUUUGGGUAAGCGGUUCUGGCGGUGACGAUCUUUGUAUAGACUCGAUCUGGGCUACGCAGGCUCGUGACAUGCAUUCCGCCAACAGCUGCUCUGUUCAGUCGUCUGACAAUGAAACAGUUGUAGCUCUACGUAAUUCCACUCGCAGGCCAAAGGACUUGGAUGCGAUACAUAUUUCUAUCAGCCCAAACAUCUCCCUUCAUAUCUAAGUCAGAAUUCGUG